AUGGCAUUGGUUCAGAAGUACGACAAGCCGGAUUUGCUUAUAACCAUGACGUGUAAUCCUAAUUGGGAGGAGAUCCGGAGAAAUCUAAAACCAGGGAAGCAGGCACAUGACAGGCCAGAUCUGACGACGAGGGUGUUUUAUUCCAAAUUUGAAGAAUUGAAGGUAGAUCUGUUCACUAAGGGGGUUCUUGGAAAAGUUGUUUCACAUGUUCAUGUUAUUGAAUUUCAGAAGAGAGGUCUUCCACACGCACACAUUCUUAUCAUCUUGCACGAGAAAGACAAACUACGUACCCCAGAUGACUACGAUAGGGUUGUUCGAGCAGAAAUACAUGAUGAAAAAGUUGAACCAGAGUUGUAUGCUUCCGUCCUCAAACAUAUGAUACAUAUGCCAUGUGCUUUGUAUGUUGAUAGUGUCUGUAAGAAGGAUGGAAAGUGCAAGAAGCGUUUUCCGAAGGAGUUUGCAGCGGAAACUCUAGAAGGCCAAGAUUCGUAUCCAGUGUAUAUAAGACGCGACGAUGGUAGAGCAAUUACACUCGCCAACGGAAAAGUCGUGAAUAACAGCUAG